AAGAUUAAACAUCAAAGACGUUGGUCUAUGGAUUUUGGUCCACGUAAUCAUUUGAACACUGAUUUGAAUCCUGAUUUGAAUACUGAUGAUGUUACAAAUAUACCUGAUGAUAAUAAUGUUGAUAUAGCUUUAUCUUCAUCUCCACAUUCCUCACGUCGUCUUCAUUCUGUAUCUCCAACUUCUUCAUCUACCGUUUAUGCUGAUAGUACAGCAAAUGAUCCAAAAUCUCGUGGUAUGCCACGUUUAAUCAAAUUUAAAACUGGUGAUAUAAUUCAAACUUUAGCAUCUUGUCGUCCUGCUAGUACCAAAAAUGGUUACGAUUUUUCUCCACCAAGUACUCCAAUUCCAUUUGAUAAGAAUGAAUUAAGUGAUGGUGAUAAUAAUGAUGAGGAAUCAGAUGUGGAUGAGGUUUGUGAGAAUACUGAUGGAAAUAGUAUUGACGAAAAAAGACAAAGAAAAUUGGGUCAAGGGUUACUAAGUAAAAUAUUUUCUUCAACAUCCUUUCCAUCUUCGAUAUCAAUGACCCCAGCAGCUCGCGGUUCAUUAAGCCGUUGA